AUGGGAGCAGAGAUUGCAGUGAUGCGGCAACAAGCCGAGGAAUGUGGGCAGCCACCAGAGCUGAAAGAGCCCUGGCACUGCUGCCUGUCUUGGUGGGGCACGGGCAACGCCAUCCCCCAGGACCUGCUGGGCAAGCUCAUCAAGUCCUGGCUGGCCAACCCUGGCCUCUUCCACCUGUGCCCGAUCAUCCUGGCCAAGUUGGACCAGGCCCUGCACAUGCAGACGCCCUCGUACCCGGCCCAGGAGAAUGCCCGCCUCUGUGAGGAGAUCCUCGGGGUCCCAGCCACGCCAGGGACCCACCUGCCUGCGACCUUCGGCCACCUGGCAGGAAGCUACGACGCCCAUUCCUAUGGCUACCUGUGCAGUGAGGUGUACACUACGGACACGUUCCACACACUUUUCAAGCAGGAUGGCGUCCUGAGUGGCAAGGUUGCCAUGGACUACAGAAGCUGCAUUCUGAGGCCAGGGGGCUCUGAGGAUGCCAAGGGCAUGGUGAAGCUCUUCCUGGGUUGUGACCCCACGCAGGACGCCUUCCUCCUGAGCAAAGGGCUGCAGGUUGAGGACUGCAGGCCGCCCGCCUGCUGA